AAAUUACACUAUUGAAGAUUAAUAACUGGCAGUUAAUUACAGUAGAUCAACACUGCUAACAGCAAAGUUAUUUAGAGAUGUGCUGUAAGAAGAAGUGAAACCGUGCGUUAACAAACUUAACUUGUGGUGUUUAGUUUCCCUGGACUGCAGACCCUCGGAACAGGGAGUCUGGGUGAUUUCGAGUCACGUGACUCCUGACGUUUCAGCUCCACAUCAGUUACAAGUUUUAACAUGUAGCCAACACAAAGUUCACUCGACAUCUGUGAGCAGACUAUAAAGAACCGGUAAAAUAGGCUAGCCGUUCAUUUUCAUUUGAGAGAUCAUGCACAGAGCAAAUCCCUUCUCGUGCACGGACUGAGACCAACUGAUGCAUCAGCGUCAAUUAAACCAGAACACCUCGUUUACUCGUUUGGAAUAGAGCUUCCUAACACACAUCUCCGCAGCAAUGCCAAUGCAUCUCCAAGAUACACGGAUCGGAAGUCUUGCUGUUAGUCUUUUAGUAGUGGUAUGCUGUUGCACUGCGGUCACAGUUCAGAAACCUGCACCAUUUUGCAUCCUCAUCGAUUCAGAACAGAGGAGUUCUCAGGUGAGCUUUCUCAUCCACUCACCGGACACUUCAGCAUCUCCUCUCUUUUACUGGAGCAAGUGGACUUCAGAGAAACGUCUCGAAGGUUGUUUCAGGAGUAGCGACGGGACACUGGUCACGCGUUAUCGGUCACUCUGCCGUCACGAGCGCGCGCGGGACGAUGAACCAAUGCACUUCAACCUAAGCGCGCUGCUGGAGGAUGCCAAUCUGUGCGAUAUGAACAUGCAUAUUAAUUUCCCUUUGCACAAAGAACGCAUAAAUCCAGGCCAGCAGAUGGAUUCAAGAGCAAAAAGUCGCCAUAAACGCGCGUGGGUUUUGCCAGGAACGCUUUGGUGUGGACGCGGCUCCAGCGCAAAUGACUAUGAACAGCUGGGUAUGUUUGUGCAUGCAGACAGAUGCUGUCGAGAACACGAUCACUGUGAGCACAUCAUCCGCUCGUUCUCUGUCAACUUCAGUGUGUUCAACCCAACUCUGUUCACACUCUCGCACUGUGACUGUGACUACAGAUUUAAGCAAUGCCUUCUCAAUGGAAAUGACACCAUCUCCAACAUGGUGGGCUACAGUUUCUUCAAUGUCCUGAAGAUCCGCUGCUUCGAGCUGAUCCACAGGAGGCAAUGCACACAGUACAACUGGUUGGGAUUGUGCACAAUGGUUGAGAUUGCUCCUGUGGCAGUACUGAAAGAUUCAACACCGUAUAAUUCUACCAGUCUGUCUACUGAGAACAGCGCCACCAUUGACCUCUCAUGCAAUGAAGUGCCAAUCAAACGGUCACACAGCGGCAAACAAAGAAUCUCUAAACCGAAACGCAUUCAACCGACAAAGCGCCAAAACACCUGCGCUCCUGUGGACUAUGCAAAAGGGGAAACAUUUCAGUUAAGUCAAAAGUUGGCAAGCCAAAUUGUAAAAAGGAAGAAAGUGCAAACAAAUGGACAUCAAAAAGGAAGAAAGGAGUCACUUGUUUCCCAAAAGAAGGAAUCCAAAGAGAAGAAAAUGAUUACUCAGAAGUUCAAAAUGGAAACUAUUCUCCAAAGCUCCCACAGGACUCCAAAAGCAGGUGUCACUCACUCCCCCUCAACCUCAUCCAAAAAGAAAUUACUCUCAAUGAAAAAGACGAUGGCCACUUGGCCCAAACAAAUGUCCGAAACUAAGUCAGGAGCAAGGACACUUCAAAAUAGGAGAAAAAGAGGUAAAAAGAAAAAGACCGUGAAGGAAAAACAAAUUAAACCCCCAAAACAAUGAGGGAAGAGACAAUUCUUUAAAGCAUAAUAAAAUUUUUUUAAAAAAAAAACAUGCGUAGAGCCACAAAUUCACAAUUUUCUUCCUUGCUCUUUUAUGUGCACAGAAUGUAGUGACUUUUGUUGUUUAAACGGGUGCUAAUUAACACAGUUUUAAAAAUGAUACUAAGCAAUGAUACUUCAAAUAUGUUUUUUAAGUUACCAACAACCUCAUUAUAUUCACAUACACGCAUUUGCAUGUUAUAAUGCUGUGAUCAAUAAAAAGCAAAUGUCUCAAUCAAUUGUAAUUCUGUAUGGACUUAGUUAACCAAUUAAAGAAAUGUGUUAAAGUGCAUUUAAACAUUCCUAAAACUUUUUUACCAGUCGGCUUUGGGCGACUGGUAAACUUCUAUGAAGGUUUGAGUCUCACUAAA